GGUUCAAGUUUGGGGCUCGACUAAGAAUCUAAUGAAGAAUAUUCUUUGAAAAGAGCAAAAAUAUUUUCUGAAAGUUGCAACCAUAUCAGAUCCUAUACGUCAAUGCUUUUUGAGAGGUUUCUGAUCUGCAGCAAUGCCUGUUAGAAAUUUCAGAGACACACCGUCCUGUCAUGAAGAACUAUUUAAGUUUUAUUCUCAAAAAUUAAAUAGAAAAAGUGAUAUAUCAAGGUUCCUAUUUCCAGUUAGUGCAAAUUUCAUUUUGAAAUUCAAUCAAACACAGGAUCCAGCAGAGGAGAACAAAUUGUUGGAACAUGCUAGAAAAAACAUUCUCAGAUGUAAGAGAAAAUUGGGUCUCAAAACCUUGGGUUCCGGGAAGCAUGUUCAUCUUCCUGCUGCAUGGGUUGAAGUAAUGUAUCUGUCUCAGUGCAAAGGAGAAAUCCAAGAAGAAGCUUUAAAUAUGCUUCAUGCUUCCCUGGACCAUGCUUCCUUUGAUUGCGAUCAUCUGCCUGCCUUGUUUUUUCUUGCGGAAUCAGUUUUACACAGAUUUUGUUGUGAUGCAUUUGUGAAGGUAUUUUUAUAUUCAGUUGAAAUAAAACUGGCAAAGAUUGGCUAUUUGAUCUUCUUACGACUUUUUAUAUUUUUCCUGCAUGGUCACCUAGAAAGUUUUAAGCAACAUUUACUUAGGCUUCAACCAUAUUUAUACGCACUUUCUUUCUCUGAAGAACCAUAUCACAAGUAUCCAAGCAUCUAUUCAAAUGUGCAAUUCAUCCUGAAAACAUCAGAAAUUAUAUGUAAAAGAGAACUUUCUGAAUCAAUCUUUAUCCAUGAGGAAAAUGAGGAAGAAUACAAGAACAUAGAUUCAGAUGUGGAACAUUUGCCAUUUAAUCCAGGAGGAUAUGAAGUUAGCCACCUGCUCUGGCAUUGUGUGGCUGUUUGGUCUUGUGUUCAGAAUAAUAGUCCUCAGCUGAAUAAUGUGCUUGAGCAUCUCAUCUUCCAUAAAAAGCAGCUUCAAAAGAAAUGCUGGUUGGACUCAGCACUGGCUUUGUUUGUCCUUGGGGAGGCUGCCAAAUUAAACAUGGCCUGCUUGAGAGCUUUAAUGGAAAUAGUGAAAGAUUUUCUUUCAAGCAUUAUGUCUCUUCAUAGUCAGAAAGAAAACUGCAAGGUUGAUGACCUUUCGUGGACUUGGAUUAUCAUCUAUACAUAUACAACAAUUGUUGCAGAAAUCUGCUUGUAUGCAGCAACUUCUGAUUUGCGAAAAACUGCUCUUGUUGGUUUCUGUGACUGUAAUAGUUCACGAAAGAAUACUGUAUUCAUGGAAAAAUCAGAAAAAGAGCCAGAAUUACAGGAAACAAAUAUUUUAAGUCUUUUUGAAUACUUUUCUUCAAAAAUAUCAGAUGAUUGUCACCAAGUGAUCUUUGUUGGUUACUAUGGCUUAGUGUAUAACAUGGUAAAAAUGUUGUGGGAACUUCGGGAUGAUGAGGAACAAGAUGGAUUUAGAAACACGAUAUGGAAAACAUUACAAAUAACAAAGGAUUAUGAGAAAGAUGAACGAAUCCAAAAUGCAAUCAACAUAGCCCAGGCUGAAUUAAAUAAUCCAGUCAAUCCCUUCACUAGAUAUAGUACAAAAAUUUCGUUGAAUGUAGAGGAAGAAGUUUUCUCCAAAUAUAUUGGAUGGAGAAUUGCCAACACACUUUCCAAACUGUUAUUUCCCUCUCUGGAUGCCCAUGUUCUCCCUUCAGAGAAACGAGUGGUCAAACAGGAUAAAAAGAAAUACUUUUGUAAAAAACAGGAGUCCAUGAAGAAAAGAUUCCUACGUUUUACUGUAAGGGAACGUCCUUCAGAACUUCCCAUGUUUCCAUAUCCAGAUUUCUUCACCAAGGCGGAUAAGAACUUGGCAAAAAUCGUUGACUAUCAUUGGCGGAUAGAACUGAAUUUGCGAAGGAAAGAAGAGGCGAUGAAUGAGGCCAAAAAACGGAAAGAUAAAGACUUAGAAGAGAAAAAGCACUUUGAAGAAAUUAUGAAGAGAAGAGAAGAGAAACUGCAUAAGCAAACCAAACCUUAUGAGCUUCCUCAGAUGACUGAAGCAAUUUCUUUAGAAAAGAAAAUGUCUCACAAAAAAAUGGAGAUCACAUUGCCAGAAAUUAAUAACAGACCAAGAGAGCUUCAUAUUAGGAAUAUUUGUUGUAAUUAAUCUGAGGUCAUUGGGUGGAAAGGAGCUGUCAUCCUAGUGCAAGCUGUUUAAUAGUCAUAUUUUAGUCCUACAUUGGUAGUCAACUUUUAGUCAGUUGAAUGAAGUGAUUUCACCAGUUAAAAAUUUCCAAUUAUAUAACUAUUGCUUUUCUCAGUUGAUGCUUGUCUUGUGAUUGUAUAGCAUUCUUGAUCAGUCAUUCCCAGAAUGUUGAGUUUCAUUGGACUUUAAGACGGAAAUGAAUUCCAAAUUAAUGGAUCACUGAAUAAGAGUUAUUUCUUGAAAAUAGAGUGAGCAUUUGAUUAUACUCCUAUAGUCACUAUUAUUCAAAUAAAUGAAGUUGUGGCAUCUAUUUGCAUUUGCAUUUUAUUGUUGACAUGUAAGUAAACACUAUGACAGAGACUUGAAUUUGCUAAAUUACUAUACGUAGGCAAAUCUGGAAGGGCCAGUCACCUUUGAUGCACUUGAUCUUUAAUGGAUGCCAGCAGAAAUCUAUGAGUGACAGUGGUUUUACUUUGUCAGAUGAGUUUAUGGCAAUGGAUUAAGAUGAUCCUGCCAAGUGCAGUAUAAACUACUGGAGACAUUCAUCCCGUUAGUAGUCAUUUUUUAGAGUAUGUAACUUCAUCUGAAGCUUUCAAUCUAUGAGUAAUAACAAUGAAAAAAAGGGAUCCUGUGAUGCCUUGUAUUCCUUUUCUGAAAAACAUAGAUAAUAUAUUUUUCAA